AUGCUUGGGGCUGAGUUCGUAGGAACAUUCAUCUUGAUAUUCACAGCCACAGCCGGUCCAAUUGUGAACCAGAAAUACGACGGAGCUGAAACCCUAAUCGGUAACGCCGCAUGCGCAGGACUGGCAGUUAUGAUCAUUAUUCUCUCAACCGGUCACAUAUCAGGGGCUCACUUAAAUCCAUCAUUGACCAUAGCAUUCGCAGCUCUAAGGCACUUUCCUUGGGCCCACGUACCUGCUUACAUAGCGGCCCAAGUCUCAGCUUCCAUAUGCGCUUCAUUCGCACUCAAAGGAGUUUUCCAUCCUUUCAUGUCCGGAGGUGUGACUGUUCCGUCUGUUAAUGUUGGACAAGCCUUCGCUCUUGAGUUUAUCAUCAGUUUCAUUCUCCUCUUUGUUGUUACUGCCGUUGCCACCGAUACUCGUGCCGUUGGAGAAUUAGCUGGUAUAGCUGUUGGAGCCACUGUCAUGCUCAACAUUCUUGUCGCAGGGCCAUCGAGUGGUGCAUCAAUGAAUCCCGUUAGGACUCUAGGACCCUUGCAUCAGGAAACUACAGCUCCUACACUUGGUGCCAUAUCUGGAGCAGCCGUGUACACAGGUGUCAAGCUUAACGAUAACGUGACUGACCCGCCACGUCAGGUUAGGAGCUUCCGUCGAUAA